UUGGCAAUGCGGAAUAAAUGCGUUUGAUUUGGUGGCAUUUUCCGACGCUUCUUUCUCCUGUUUUUAAACGCUUUUAUUGUGAAAAAUUCCACGAUUGUGAAAAAUUCUCCACUAAUUAACCGCAAGUACGGCAAAAUCGUCGAAUUAAUAUAUCGGUGAAAAGCAGUGACGCCAUUUUCGCCAUCUGUCAAAUGUGAGCAAGGUCCGUCUGUCAAAUAAUUAAUUUAGAAGUAAACAAAAAUAAUUGUGAAAUUUCGUGGCAUUUACACGUUGGUGUGACAAUUUCGAUGAUUUCCACAAAGUCGGAGAGUUAUUUCGGCGCGGGACAACCAGUUGGGGCUUUUUAGGUCACCGCCACCAAUAUGGGCAAAUUAUGGCGAACCCCCAGUACCAUCAUGUAAGGAGGUUUAUGGGAUAGCUUGGGACGAUGCACCGAGCGAAAAAACCACAAAUCACCGAUUUGAACCAACACCUGACUUGUAAACUAUGCAAGGGUUAUUUCAUCGAUGCCACCACAAUUAUCGAAUGUUUGCACUCUUUUUGCAGAAGUUGCAUCGUUAAGUAUUUGGAAACGAAUAAAUACUGUCCAGUGUGCGAUGUGCAAGUACACAAAUCGAAGCCACUACUUAAUAUCAGAUACGACAAAACUCUACAAGACAUCGUCUACAAACUGGUUCCAAGAUUGUUUCAGAAUGAGGUCCAACGACGACGGGACUUCUACCAAACACAUCCAGAGGCGAAACCCAAUCUAGAGAAAAUCCUUGAGAAUUAUCAACACAUUAUCAGUCCCGAGGAGUCGAUUUCGUUAACGAUGUGCUAUUACGGGUGUAAAGAAUCGUCGCGUUAUUUACGUUGUCCGGCUGCUGUUACAAUCGGUCAUUUACAAAAACUAAUUCGGGCCAAAUACGGCCUGUUUGAUAAUCACCAUGUAGAUAUUUUGUACAAUCAAGAUUGCCUUAACUCAACGUUGACUCUCAUCGACGUGUCUUAUAUUUAUUCAUGGAAGAGAAAAACCCCCCUGGAAUUAACCUACCGAAUUUACGAAUACACACCGAAAAGAACGGAAGUGAAAGAGGAAGAGACAAGCGAACAAACAAACAACAACAACAACUGGAAAGAAGUCCAAUUGAGGAUAAGUGAAAACGGCGAAAUGUCAAUCAUCCAAGAUGAAGCUUCUGAACUUGUAAAUAAUAACAAUUACAAACCUGAAAUCGUAACAGUCGUCGAUAAAAAGUUACCUGAACUUAAUCUAAUCGGUGAAAACAGUGCAGCAUCGACUUGUGUCACAUUCAGUUCAUCUACGACAACAAAAACCGUUUUUAGUACAAUUAAUUCGACUAAAUGCAGUGUAUCGUGUGAUAGUGAACCACCACCAAUCGAAAAAACCCUUAAACGGAAAGCGGAUACGCCCCCUGAACCACCCAAAAAACAAACGAUACUAAACCACUCAAUCGGUAUACAAAACCUCUCCAAUAAUCACCCCCUCAAGAAACAUUCACAAAUCAAUAAGGACGAUAGUGUUUUUACUAAACCGAAAAGUGUGACCUUGAGUCGACCGGGAACACCAAAACCUUGCUACAUGCCGAAACCGGUUAUAACCGUCCCGAAACCAAGCACGAGUAUGGGAGGCGUGACUAAACCACCAGUUAAAACCGCUCCGAUACCCCUUCCACCGCCUCCUCAACCAACCAAAUUGAUCAAAACAAAACCGAGCACUCCAAUUGGCUACAAGACGCUUCGUGAUCCGCCCAAAAGCUGGAAUUCGCAAAUAGCCAAAGCCAACAUAACUAAACCAAUCACCGAUCCGAAGAAUAUAAAACCAGCGAAAUUUUUCAAAAGACGAAAUAACCUUCCUCGUUAUUUGGGAAACCCGGCGUCCGGUGUCAAGCCCAUGUAUCCGGUCCAGCUCAGUCCCGAAAAGGAGAAACCUAGUGGCGAAAUCAAGAAACACUCAAUUGUGAAAAUCGAUCCAAAGACAUUGAAACCGAUAUCGGAGAAGGCCCCCGAGACGACAUCGUUGAGCAAUUCGAGCGAUUUGAAAAUAAAUACGAGUUCGGUGUCGAUUUUUAAUCCAUUGAAGUUGCAAAAUUCGCCGAAAGGGGAGCGCAAAUCGCCGAAGAGUCCACUUUCGCCCAAGACGAGUAAAAGUGCGUCACCGACCACGAAACGAGAUAAAUUAAAUUUGAAUUUCACACCAAGUAAUCCGUUUAUACCGAAUUUGACAUCGCCUACGGUCAGUCCAAAUCAGUUUUUGUAUCCUGCAGGACCUCCGGGAUUCCCCUCGUACGAUCCGAGGGUGAUGGCGGCAUAUCAUAAUCUCAUUUACGGACAGAGAAUGCCAUUUCCGCCCGCGUUGACAAUGGGCAAGUGUUUCGAGUUGGCGGGGCCGACGAGCCCCAAAUUGGGAGGUAUUCCACACAGUCCACAGUUUCAGAAGAUUCCGACCGAAUUCAAGAAGAAGAAAGAGAGUGGAGGGAAAAGUGAGAAGAGUUUACAGAACGCUGUUGAAAAAUUGACACAGAAACAAGCGAAAGUUGAGGAACAAAAGACGACGAAUGGUGAGACCGAACCAGAGACGGCCGCGACGGUAAGUGCGGAAAAGGACGACGAGAAACGAAGUGCCUGAUUUAGUUUUUUUCGGUGCCUUGAUGCCGAGUUUCACUGUAGCUUAAAAAAAAGAGAGAAAUUUUUAAAAACACCAAUAGGAAGGAUAAUACUCUGCUUAAAAUAGUGUAGAAAUGGUUUUUACUUUACUUUAUUGUGUGUGUGUUUGUAAACGGGUCGGUGUCGGAUUGGCGUCCAUAUUUUGUAACGUUCUUUUAGUUGGGAAAAAUUGGUGAAAAUUUGCUUUCGGAAAAUUUCGACGGCUGUGAUGUUUUUUUUUGAUCAUUUAUAAAAUAAAAUGUCGGUACAAAAUAUGGGCAUGACUUGUUUAUAGAUACCUGGAAUUUUAUAUUAAUAAUAGUUUAAGGACAUUUUUAAUAUUUCAGUUACGAGAGAAAAUUUGAAAGAUUUUAUUAUUGUACAUUGUAAAUAAUUGAGAGCACAGAUGAUUUAA